AUGGCCGGGCUCGACUUCAUGCUCACCACCGACGAGCAAGAUGUCGACGCCUCCUGCCGCUGGCCCGUCCAGGGCUUCAAGAUGCUGCUGCACAACCCAGUGGCGUUCCCCGACAUGAGCUCGCAGUUCUUCCGCGUGCCCGUGGACCGCGACCUGGUGGUCACCGUGCGGCCGGCCGUCAUGAUGACCUCGGAGAGCCUGGUGGACUACCCGCCGGAGCGCCGGCGCUGCUACUUCACGAGGGAGCGCAGCCUCUACUUCUUCCGUUACUACAGCGAGGAGAACUGCCGGGCGGAGUGCCUGGUCAACUACACGGUCCGUGAGUGCGGCUGCUCCGCCUACUACAUGCCUAGAGAGGAGGAGGUGCCGAUCUGCGGAGGUUCAAAAAUGCCCUGCGUAAAGGAAGCGCAAAGUAGGUUCUACGGUGACACUAAAAACCUCACAGCUUGCCAGUGUCUACCGGGCUGCGUUGAGAUAAACUACAACAUUGAGACCUCACAGUCUCAAAUUUUAUGGAGGAAGUACCUGGAUUUCAACCCUGACGCGAUGCAAUAUUUUCAGAACUUCACUUUCGGAAGGGUGGUGAUAUAUUAUAAAAACAGCCAGUUCAUCCCCAGUUUUCGCACUGAGCUCUAUGGGUUUACCAGUUUCUUAGCCAACUGCGGCGGGCUGCUGGGUCUCUUCCUGGGCUUCAGCGUGCUCAGCCUGGUGGAGUGCCUCUACUUCCUGACCGCCAGGGCCUACCUGCACUUCCGCUGA